AUGGCCAGAACAAAACGGGGCCUGGCAUCAGAUGACCUCGUCAAGGGUGGAGUGCAUCAUGAUUCAUUGCAGCUGGGGAGCGUGAACACAAAGAGCCUGGACCAGAAGUUUGCCUACAUUCAGGUGACGUUUGUGGAGCCGUACUUCGAUGAGAAACAGCUGCAGGAGCGGACCACCCCCUUUGAGAGGAACCACAAUGUGGCGCGGUUUGUCUUUGAAACUCCGUACACGGUGUCCGGGAAGAAGCAAGGAGGCGUGGAGGAACAAUUCAAGCGGAGAACCAUUCUCACCACCUCGCACUCCUUCCCGUACGUGAAGAAGCGCAUCGCGGUCGGACGUGAACAGCAGAUCGAUCUGAAGCCCAUUGACGUGGCCCUCGAUGAGAUGAAGGACCGGACAGCGGAGCUUCAGAAGCUGUGUGAUUCCAAUAGCCUCGACAUGAUCCAACUGCAGCUCAAACUGCAAGGCUGCGUCUCCGUGCAAGUCAACGCCGGCCCGCUGGCCUACGCCAGAGCCUUCCUGGACGGUGGCAAGUCGGCCAAGCUCCCCGCCAAGAAAGUCAAACUACUGAAGGAAACGUUCAGGGAAUUUGUGACGGCCUGCAGCCUGGCCCUGGAUUUGAACGAGCGGCUGAUUAAAGAGGACCAGCUGGAGUAUCACGAAGGGUUGAAGUCCAACUUUAAAGACAUGGUGAAGGAACUAUCGGAAAUCACUCAUGAGCAGGUGAGUGAAGCUGACGGCAGCUGCCAUGUGUUGCUGGAGUGGACACCUCAUAAUGGAUUCCAGAUCACCCGCGGGCAUUUCUACUUCAAACCACGAUCAUUCUGA